AGUAGCAGGAGAAGAAGGCGACGAAGAAGAAUGACGAGAAUGCUAAACGGAAAAUAGAGGGGACGAAGUACAGUUUGGUGAACGUGAAAUUAACGCUGUUACCUCAAAAUAUUACCAUUGAACAUAGCUGCAUUACAUUAGCUGAACUAUGACAGAGCCACAGUCAGCGCUGUUACUCAGGAGACAGCUUGCAGAGCUGAACAAAAACCCAGUGGAAGGAUUCUCAGCAGGCCUGAUCGAGGAUAAUGAUCUCUACAGAUGGGAAGUUCUCAUCAUUGGGCCUCCAGACACACUGUAUGAAGGUGGUGUGUUUAAAGCUCAUCUGACAUUUCCCAAAGACUACCCUCUCAGGCCACCUAAAAUGAAAUUUAUCACAGAUAUUUGGCACCCUAAUGUUGACAAGAAUGGAGAUGUAUGUAUUUCUAUUUUACACGAGCCUGGGGAGGACAAAUACGGCUAUGAGAAACCAGAGGAGCGCUGGCUGCCCAUCCACACAGUGGAAACCAUCAUGAUUAGUGUUAUCUCUAUGCUGGCAGACCCAAAUGGUGACUCACCAGCCAAUGUGGAUGCUGCAAAAGAGUGGAGGGAGGACAGACACGGUGCAUUCAAAAGGAAAGUUGCCCGUUGUGUACGAAAAAGCCAAGAGACUGCGUUUGAGUGAUAUUUAGCAAGGAUCGAGCUUCAUGUUUUCAGGGUCUCCAAUUGAAAAUCAACAUGGCACUGUUUCCUACACUCUUCCACCCUGUCGCCAGGCUCGUCCUCCUUUAUUUUGGCAGGAACAGACUGGCUACUGUAGGCUGCAAUAGAACAUAACAGUGACUAUCAAGGCUGACAGAACACCGCCAAGCAAGUGCCAACUCAAAAAAAAAACAAACAAACAAAAAAACCCAGAAGAAGAUAAAGCAUUUUUCAAGUCUAUGAACUGCUUCAACAUUCAGGAAGAUAUUGUAAAGACAUGUAUAUAGCACAGACUAAACCGGAUAAUAUAUAAGCUCCCUUUCCAUCCAUCAAGACACUUAGACCAAAUGAAUAGCGCUGGUUCCUAUAGAUUUAUUUUUGUCCAUUUUCCCCUCUCUCAACUCCAGCAUGCAUUAGUUCUCUUUAGAUUGUUUUAGCAGGAAGUCUUAAAUAGAAGGAGGAAUGUGAUGCCGUUGGAGGGAUGUCACCUGUGAAGAGCUUGAUCGAUUCCAAGCGAGAGAUGAGUGAUGUGACCGAUAAAGGGAAUACCGCCAUAUUAGAAAACGCAGCUGUUCUCGUGGGUUCUUUAACACUCCCAGAACUCAACAUCACAUGUGCACCUGAAUGAUUUUGUUUUUCUUUAUCCGUUAGAAGUCUUACCAUCCUGCUCAGUUGACUUAAGAAAGGCAACGUACCCCCUUCAUUUUUGUGCAUGCUAAAUUUUGUUUCUCUUUUUUCAAAAGUGCCUCCUAAUAAAAUGCUUGGCCACUUCACCCUGCAUUGAACAAGUGUUAAAAAAAUGUUGAAAAAAGACAGAGAAAUUGUGUACCACGUAUGUAUGAAUUUAUUUAAUAGUCAGUACACAGGGAAUCUGUAUAAUUAGGGUAUUGGUAACAAUUUGGUGUAGCAAUAACUCCCCUAAUAUGAAGUGUACACAUGUUAAUUUUUGACAAUUUGAGCUCCUCUUCUCCAAUAUUCUGUUAUUUUAGCAGCCUCUCUUUUCCUCGUCUGUGUUGUCCUCGGUAGGAAUUGUUAUGCAUGCUUUAUCGUACUUUUGUUUUGGCUUGUUUUUUGCUGAAUGUUUCGGGGAUUUUUGUUUGCGAAUGUUUGAAUGUUUGUGUAUACAGUAUGUGUGCCCAUUUUUGUUUUGUCUCUGCCCCAAUCCACAAUCUCACCAUUAUUCUGCUCACUGAACUAUUGCAGUUUUGCCUAAUGUACAAAGACAAAAUACUGAUGUAUAUUUUUCAUGUUAUGAAACCUGUCACCUGUAGUGAGUUCUUCUAAAAUAUGACUUUUUUUCAAUA